UCCAUCCCCCUCCCCCACCCCUGCCGAUCUCCUUUCCCAUGGAGAAGAUAUAAAAUUUGCAGGCAUGCCGGCCUGCACGCCCCUCUCUCUUCUUCCUCCUUACUAAACCUUAGUGUGAGUGUGAGACUGAGUGAGUAAACCUCGCCAACAAGCCACCUAAAAGCAAGUGCUCUGUUAUUAUCUAUCCGUCCAUCUAUCUACCCUUCCAACACAAGCAAGAACCAAGAUUUUGCUUGUGCUUGUGUUGCUUCUGAAUUUGACGCAGCAGCAUGUGCAGCUGAGCCGCCGCCGCACCGCCUCUUGAUCUGUUCGUCGACAGUGCGGUGUCAAUCAGUCCAUUGUAGCUGGCUUGACUGCUCGCUCGUCGUACGCGCAUGCCUCCUGAUAUGGGCGGUUGCGGGCGCGUGGCGGCGGUGCUGUGCUGCGCGGUCGUCGUGGCGUGCAUGGGCGGCGGCGCGCUCGCCGUGGACGCGCAGGGCGCGGCGCUGCUGGCGUGGAAGCGCACGCUGGGCGGCGGCGGCGCGGGGGCGCUGGGGGGCUGGAGCUCGGCCGACAAGUCGCCGUGCCGGUGGACCGGCGUGUCGUGCAAUGCCGACGGCGGCGUCACGGAGCUGAGUUUACAGUUCGUCGACCUGCUGGGCGGCGUGCCGGACAAUUUGGCGGCGGCUGUGGGCGCCACGCUGGAGCGGCUGGUGCUCACCGGCACCAACCUGUCCGGGCCCAUCCCGCCGCAGCUCGGCGACCUGCCGGCGCUCACGCACCUUGAUCUCAGCAACAAUGCGCUCACGGGCUCCAUCCCGGUGAGCCUCUGCCGGCCUGGGAGCAAGCUGGAGAGCCUCGCUGUCAACUCCAACCACCUCGAGGGCGCCAUCCCGAACGCCAUCGGCAACCUCACGGUGCUGCGCGAGCUCAUCUUCUACGACAACCAGCUCGAGGGCGCCAUCCCGGCCUCCAUAGGCAGGAUGGCCAGCCUUGAGGUGCUCCGUGGUGGCGGCAACAAGAACCUCCAGGGCGCGCUCCCGCCGGAGAUCGGCAACUGCUCCAACCUCACCAUGCUCGGCCUCGCCGAGACCAGCAUCUCGGGCCCCCUCCCGGCGAGCCUCGGCCAGCUCAAGAACCUCGACACGCUGGCCAUCUACACCGCGCUGCUCUCCGGCCCGAUCCCGCCGGAGCUCGGGAAAUGCGCCAGCCUGCAGAACAUCUACCUGUACGAGAACGCGCUGUCCGGCUCCAUCCCGGCGCAGCUCGGCGGCCUCAGCAACCUCAAGAACCUGCUGCUGUGGCAGAACAACCUCGUCGGCGUCAUCCCGCCGGAGCUGGGCAAGUGCACGGGGCUCAACGUCAUCGACCUGUCCAUGAACGGCAUCACCGGCCACAUCCCGGCGUCGCUCGGGAACCUCGUCGCGCUGCAGGAGCUGCAGCUCAGCGUCAACAAGAUGUCCGGCCCGAUCCCGGCGGAGCUCGCGCGGUGCACCAACCUCACAGACCUAGAGCUCGACAACAACCAGAUAUCCGGCACCAUCCCGGCCGAGAUCGGCAAGCUCACGGCGCUGCGCAUGCUGUACCUCUGGGCCAACCAGCUCACGGGCACCAUCCCGCCGGAGAUCGGCGGCUGCGUCAGCCUCGAGUCGCUCGACCUGUCGCAGAACGCGCUCACCGGGCCCAUCCCGCCGUCCAUGUUCAGGCUGCCCAAGCUGUCCAAGCUGCUGCUCAUCGACAACGUCCUCUCCGGCGAGAUACCGCAGGAGAUCGGCAACUGCACGUCGCUCGUCCGGUUCCGGGCAAGCGGCAACCACCUCGCCGGCGCCAUACCGGCGCAGAUCGGCAAGCUUGGCCACCUCAGCUUCCUGGACCUCAGCUCGAACAGGUUGUCUGGCGCCAUCCCCGCCGAGAUCGCCGGGUGCCGGAACCUCACGUUCCUCGACCUGCACGGCAACGCCAUCGCCGGCGUGCUGCCGCAGGGCCUGUUUCAAGGAAUGAUGUCCUUGCAGUACCUCGACCUCUCGUACAAUGCCAUCGGCGGCUCGCUCCCGUCGGAGGUGGGCAUGCUCGGUUCGCUCACCAAGCUCGUUCUGGGCGGGAACCGGCUCUCCGGCCAGAUACCUCACGAGAUCGGCUCGUGCGCGCGGCUCCAGCUACUGGACCUCGGCGGCAACUCGCUGUCCGGCGCCAUACCGGCGAGCAUCGGCAAGAUUGCAGGUCUGGAGAUUGGUCUUAACCUCAGCUGCAACGGCCUGUCGGGUGCCAUGCCCAAGGAGUUCGCCGGGCUCACGCGGCUCGGCGUGCUCGACGUCUCGCACAACCAGCUCUCCGGAGACCUCCAGCUGCUGUCCGCUCUCCAGAACCUCGUCGCGCUCAACGUCUCCUUCAACAAUUUCUCCGGGCGCGCGCCGGAGACGGCGUUCUUCGCGAAGCUGCCCAUGAGCGACGUCGAGGGCAACCCGGCGCUCUGCCUCUCCCGGUGCCCCGGCGACGGCAGUGACCGUGAACGUGCAGCUCAGCGCGCCGCUCGCGUCGCCACGGCCGUUCUGCUCUCUGCUCUCGUGGUCCUCCUGAUUGCCGCGGCGGUCGUCCUACUCGGUCGCCGGCGCCAAGGCUCGAUUUUCGGCGGCGCGCGCCAGGAGGACAAGGACGCCGAGAUGCUGCCGCCGUGGGACGUGACGCUGUACCAGAAGCUGGAGAUCAGCGUGGGCGACGUGACCCGCAGCCUCACGCCGGCGAACGUGAUCGGGCAAGGCUGGUCCGGCGUGGUGUACCGCGCGAGCGUCCCGUCCACCGGGGUCGCCAUCGCCGUCAAGAAGUUCCGGUCGUGCGACGACGCGUCCGUGGAGGCGUUCGCGUGCGAGAUCGGCGUGCUGCCCCGCGUGCGCCACCGCAACAUCGUGCGGCUCCUGGGGUGGGCCUCCAACCGGCGGGCGCGGCUCCUGUUCUACGACUACCUCCCCAACGGCACCCUCGGCGGCCUGCUGCACGGCGGCGCGGCGGGCGCCCCCGUGGUGGAGUGGGAGCUGCGGCUCUCGAUCGCCGUCGGCGUGGCCGAGGGCCUCGCCUACCUCCACCACGACUGCGUGCCGGCGAUCCUCCACCGCGACGUCAAGGCCGACAACAUCCUUCUCGGGGAGCGGUACGAGGCGUGCGUCGCUGACUUCGGCCUCGCCAGAGUCGCCGACGAGGGCGCCAACUCGUCGCCCCCGCCGUUCGCCGGAUCCUACGGGUACAUCGCUCCCGAGUACGGAUGCAUGAUCAAGAUCACGACCAAGAGCGACGUGUACAGCUUCGGGGUGGUGCUGCUGGAGAUGAUCACGGGGCGGCGGCCGGUGGAGCACGCGUUCGGCGAGGGGCAGAGCGUGGUGCAGUGGGUGCGCGAGCACCUCCACCGCAAGUGCGACCCGGCGGAGGUGGUCGACGCGCGGCUGCAGGGCCGGCCGGACACGCAGGUCCAGGAGAUGCUGCAGGCCCUCGGGAUCGCGCUGCUCUGCGCCAGCACGCGCCCGGAGGACCGGCCGACGAUGAAGGACGUGGCGGCGCUCCUCCGCGGCCUCCGCCACGACGACGGCGCCGAGUCGCGGAAGAUGAGCGGCGGCGGCGGCGGGUCCUUCGGCAAGUGGAGCGAGCAGAGUAGACCGGUGCCGCUGCCGCGCCAGGGCCAGACGCAGGCCCACUCCAGCUCGCUGGCCUACUCAACAACCGGGAGCGUGUAGCUCGUUGGACCAAGCAAGAGGAUGGAUCCCGUCCCGGUGACGCCAAACGCGGCACUGUGGCGACGGCGACCGCACCGCGCGUCGUCGAGCGGCGGUGGCGCUGUCGCCGGCCCGCCGCCGGCCCAGGAGCUAGCCUCGCCGGACAGGGUGGGAUCGACGCGUCGUGUGGUCCGGCCCGGUGGAGCAAACAAGGUAGAAGACGCCACCGCGAACCACGUACCACAGCAACACAAGCAACAGCAAUAAUUCGCACAAUACCAUAGCCAACGCCUGGUGAUGCAGACGAUGCAUCGCAUCUGGCGCGUGUGUGUACAUUAAUCCUGUCCAAUCUCCAUGAUCUCUUUGGCGUGACUGUGAUCUGGUGACGUGACGCCGCUCCACAUUCC